ACGGAAGCAGGACACGAGAAACGGCGGGGCGAAGGCAACGAACGUGGAAACGAACUCUUCGCAACCGUGCGUCCCAGACGCGGCCGACAACGAUCUAUUGAUGCAGAUCGUGCACAAGCCCGAUUGCGAGUUGGUCAGGCAUCGGCAACAGCUCGGCAAGUGCAUCGAUUUGAAGUUGAGCAAACUGGCCGGCGGGGAACCGCAGGAUCAAGGUUACGCCUCGGAACGGUCUCCGGAGGACGAGCAUCCGCCUCUUUGCCGGGCCAACCCUUCCCGAAUAUCACGCCUGAGAGCACGUUCCGAGUGACAUUGCAGAAAAGCAGCCGAGGACUUGGCUUAAGCGUUUCCGGCGGUGGGACUGCCGGCCCUGUUAGGGUAAAAAGACUGUUUCCUCAACAACCUGCAGCCUUAUCCAACAAACUUCAACCUGGCGAUAUACUUUUGGCUGCCAAUGGGAUUCCUUUAACCGGUCUCACCAACUACGAGGCCCUCGAAGUUCUACGAACGACGCCCAGCACUGUCGAGUUAGUGGUGUCCCGACUUCCGGGUGAUAUGAGCGUCACACCACCGGGUGCACCACCGCCACCCCCAGCAAGGCGUGAACCACCACCACCAUUGCGAAUACUCAAUCCUCUGCCACCCCUUCAAAUCGAACCCUGCGGCGAAUUCGACAUAGAAAUGACAAAGGUCGGUGGCAGUCUGGGUUUCACUCUGAGGAAGGCGGAUAGCAGCGCGCUUGGCCAUUACGUGAGGGCGUUGGUGCGCGAGCCGGCGUUGAGCGACGGACGAAUCCGGCCCGGGGACAAGAUAGUGGCCGUGGACGGUGCACCGUUGUCGCCCAUGAGCCACGAAGAGGCUGUCCAACUGCUGCGACAAUGUGGCCCGACCGUGAGAUUACGACUGUACAGGGAUCUCGCGCAAACCCCUGUCUCCGCUCUUUCACCGACCGAGCCCGAUCACCCACUCCGUCCACCACGUACCAGUUUGAGACAAGAGGCCGUAGACAUGCUGUGCGAUCUGGCGGUUCGAAAAUUGUCACCGGGUACAUCGAGCGGGUCUAGUUGCAAACAAUCGUCCGGAACAUCUUGCAACUCUCCGAGAAGGCUACGUCGUCUCGCUACGCGCACUCCUACUGCCGAUGCAGAAACUGUGGAGAAGCAUCCGAGCGUGCACACGACAUCGACGGCCAGCCAGGCGGAGACAUCCGAUUCCGACCAGUGCUCGAUCAGGACUCAGAUAACGAAUUCCCAGCCAAAUACACCUGGAACUGACAUAAUCGAUCCGCCACCCCUGUACGACGUCUGUGACUCGAGCGAUUCCUCCAAGACACCGGCACGGCCGAGCUUCCUCGACUUGUCCGCGCCCCAGGGGAAGCCUCACUUUCAGUUCUGCAACCUGGACUCCGAUCUCGAUUAUCCCGGUGUCGGUGACGCGAUCAUCAUCGAGGACGAGCUACGCACCAGCACCGCGUCGGACGGCGAUUACGAGAGGAUCGAGCCCUCGUCCGUGUUGUCCAGCAACGAGCACGACAACGAUCUACCCUCGGAGCCGGCCUCGAUGCCGCCGCUCCUCUCCUCGACGAGCAGCUCGAGCAACGCCGCGUUCAGUUACAAGAAUCCCGCUUAUCAAAGCGCCAAUCCAGCCUGCGGCGCCGGCAUAGACGCAGCCGUGACGAAAAACAAGGCCACCCACUCGAGCGACCAGGACAUACCAGGGAAAAUCUUAGGAGUAGAAGAUCCGGGUGGUAGCAAGGGUUUGUUGAAGUGGAAAGGCGUGAUGUUCGCCCCAGAUGAUGGAAUAGAUAAAACUAAAAAUGGAGAGGAGAAGACCGGGAAAGACACCACAGAUUCAGCUGCCCUUAAUAAAAAUCUUGAACAAGGAAUCGAGGUGUUCAUGGUAGAGCUGACACGUGGUUGGAAUAGUCGAUUGGGAUUCAGCUUACAACCCGAAGGAAACCGUACAGUUAUAUCGGUGGUACAUCCUGAUAGUGUUGCAGCUAAGGAUGGAAGACUAAAACAAGGAGAUGUGCUUAUGAUGGUAAAUGAUGAAAGUGUUGAGCACAUGACGACAGCUGAUAUAAUAGAUCUGUUACGAAAAAUAAGAGGUUCAAUAGGUAUUACAGUGAUGAGACGAAGCAAACGAGAAAACGUAACGUGACGUUAAUCAGGUUAAUUGAAGAACUUGAUUAUUGAACAAAAAUGAAAAAAAAAAACUUUCACGUCCAUCACGAUAUCAUGUUUCUUCAAAACUAACAUCCAAUUUACGAACGAAAUGUUACGAUAUAGGUCAAUUCUUCGUUCUUCGUUUUCAAUAUGAAUUUUAUUAGCUUAUUAAAAGACAAUUUAUGCGUUAACUAUUUAUAAAUGGAAUCGAUAUGUUGAUCGAGUGCAAUAUACAUAUAUAAAUGUUGCUGCUGUGAAUACAAUUGUAAAUAUAAUAUACGAGAAUCGAAGCCUUAGACAUGAUUACUUUUUCAAAAAGAAUGCAAUUCAUGCGAUUAGCGCAUAAUUAAUCAAUGUAAUUGCAUUCGUUAUAACACUCCAUCUAAUACUUAAAUUUAAUUAUUGUAUAUUUCAAAAAUUACAUUAUUGAUGUAGAUAAGAUAAAAAUAUCCAAUUGCGGUUUAUUGAAACGAGCUUUUUUAGAGUUCGUUUGAAGUAAAGUAAUAAGACUGCUUUAAAAAAUAGAAAAUGGCGAAGGUAUAUAUGAAUGAUAGUUGUUUGCCAUAUAGAUAUUUAUUCAAUAAAUGCGGAAAUAUGAUGCUCUUUA